AUGAAGAAAGCUAAUCCAUCUCACCUACCGACGCACAUUACUGACAAAGACCGGGCAAACCAGUACCCAGAUGUCUUGCACGAAAGCGGGGGGAAACUAUUCUGCACCCCGUGCAACUGUGUGUUGGAGCAUAAAAGAAAAUCGUCGGUGACGUGCCACUUUGCCAGUGCGAAACAUUUGAAAAUGCUUUCUGCAGCUACGGAAAGGAAAGCCAAAGCCAGACAGCUGACGUUCACAGAGGCAUCAACCUCUAAAACCCUUGCAAGGGCUACCAGAAACAAGAUUUGUGAGACGUGGGUCUCUACUUGCACUGCUGUCAACAUUCCACUCUCAAAGAGCGACCAUCCUGCAAUGAGGAAAUUCCUGAGUGAAAGAGUAAUCAAUGGCGGAGCCAUUCCAGGAUUUCACCAGCUUCAAGAGAAAUACUUGGGAAUGUAG